AUGGAGAACAAAGACAUUGAUUAUUAUGGAUUGCUUGAGAUUGAAAUAACUGCUACGACCAAGGAUAUUGAACGGGCUUACAGAAAGAAGGCUUUAAAAGUACAUCCAGACAAGAACCCAAGUCCAGAUGCUGCUGCCCUGUUUCAUGACUUAACCCAAGCCUAUGAAAUAUUAACCAAUCCACAAAAAAGAAAAGACUAUGACAAUAUACAUAGAGCACGUCAAGAACGUCUGAAGAAGAAGCAAGAGAUGGACUCAAAACGAAGAGCCGCUCAAGAUGAGCUAGAGAGAAGAGAAAGAGAAGCUAAAAAGGCACGUUCGGAACAAGAUCAAGCAAAAGCAGAAUAUGAGGCCCAUUUGGCUCGUUUGCGUGAAGAAGGUGCAAAGAGACGACAAGAAGAUUGGAAUACUGAAAACAGAAAGGCGGAAGAAGUGACAGAGCCUAAUGAAUUGGACUGCGCACUCAAGAUAAAGUGGAAACGCAAAAAAUAUGACUUCUCAGAACAGGAUCUGGAACGUAUAUUGGAUCCAAUCGGAAAGGUUGAUACGGUGGCGUUGUCGCAAAAGAAGAAAGGCAGUGCUCUUGUCGUAUUCAAGACCGUUGUGGACGCACAUAGUAUCAUCAUGAAGAAAGGCAUUGAUCCUGCAUUAUCACAGUUUGAAAGUAUAGAUUGGGCAACAGGAAAGCCACCAGCUUUAGUAGAAAGGAUGCACAAGGCUGACGAACUGAAAAGACAAGCUAGGGCAGCAUACUUUAAUACAAAUGAUAGACAUACUUCAGCAACAGGGAAACCGCUAUUUGCUACAAGCUCGAAACAGUCAUUUUUUAAACCCAAAGAUAUACCCUCUGGAAAUACUGUAUCAUCGAAUGUAUUUGAUUAUGAUUAUGAAUCCAUGACUUUAAUGAAAAUGUUACAAGCUGAAAGAGAUCGUCUGUUGCGUCUGCAAGCUAUGCAAUCUACAAAGAAUCACUAA